AAUGAAAGUUUACACGCACGACUAAGUGAGAUGAUUAGCGAAGACCGGGAUAUGAAAUCGAUGCUAUGGGAAGUGGGAUUGCGACUGGAUAUUGUUGAGAAAAAACAACAAUCGAUGUUGAAAAUGCUACAAAAUUCGAGAAAUUUUGCUAAAAGUUCUCGUUCAACUGAUGAUAAUAGGUCGAAAAUUGAGGAGAAGAAAUUUGCUGCUAAGAAAGCGAAAUCUGUCGAAAUAUUUGUUAAUAUCAGUAGCAGUGACGACGAAUACGUAAGCAAACUUCAUCAUCAAAAGAAGAUGGUGCCAGAAGUAGCAGCAGCUAACGUUUGCAAAAACCCGAAGAGAUCGUACACUUGGCGAAAUGAAGAUUACACUUCGAUUACGGAUACAAUUAUGGUGCCCGAUCCAGAGCACUAUCGUAAAGGUUCUGAGCAGUCAAUCAGUUCACCGAAUCUGUCCAGGACAUCGUGUGGCAAUAGUCGGGCACUGCGGAAUUUCGAGGAGGUAAUCUACUGUUCGAAUAAAUUAUGGUUGGAAGAUAAGAAGCCGGCACAAACUGAAGACAGGUAG